AUGCAAGCUCGCGCCGGACCGGCGGCGGCGGCCGGCGCCGCCGCGCUCGCCGCCGCGAAGCAGCACCCGGCGGCCACCUCGUCCCUCUUCGCGCUCCUCUCCCUCUCGCUGCUCCUCCUCCGGCUGCUCCUCCGCCUCCGCCUCGCCGCCUUCCGCGACGCCGCGCUCACGCUCCACCUCCUCGCGCGCCUCCGCAUCCGCCCGGUCACCCUCCGCCUGCCCGGCCCGCACGCCACCACGCUCCGCGUCUGGUGCCCCGCCUCGCCGUCCGCCAAGCCGCCGCUGCUCCUCCUCCACGGCUUCGGCGGCGACGCCAAGUGGACGUGGGCGCGCAACCUCGCCGCGCUCUCCCGCAGCUUCCACCUCUACGUGCCCGACCUGGUCUUCUUCGGCUCCCACUCCCGCUCCGCCUCGCCGCUCCGCUCCGUGGCCUUCCAGGCCCGCUGCGCCGCGGACGCCAUGCGGCUCCUCGGCGUGGGCCGGUACGACGUGGCCGGGAUCAGCUACGGGGGCUUCGUGGCGUACCGGCUGGCGGCCGUGGAGGCCCGGGACAGCGUGGCCAGGGUCGUCAUCAUGACCAGCGGCGUCGCGGCCACGGUGCAGGAGAUGGGCGAGCUGGCGGCGCGGGAGGAGAUGGCCGUGGAGGACGCGCUGCUGCCGGACAGCGCGGCCGGGCUGCGCCGGCUCGUGCACCGGUCCAUGCACCGCCCCCCGCCCUGGCUGCCGGACUUCGUGCUCCACGAUUUCAUCCAGCUGAUGUUCGUGGACCAGAGAAAGGAGAGAACAGAGCUGCUGCAAGAACUACUCAGGAGCGGAGCCGGCAUCGACCCCCUCCCGGCUCUCACUCAGAAAACGCUGGUUCUGUGGGGAGACAAGGACCAGGUGUUCCCCGUCGAUCUUGGCUACAAACUGCACAGGCAUCUAGGCAAGAAAUCCAGGCUAGAGAUCAUCAAGGACGCAGGGCACGCGUUGCAGUUGGAGGGGGCCGACAAGGUCAACAGUUUCAUCAAGUCGUUCUUCCUAGAUGAACGGGAUGAGCCAGAAUUCGGCACAACCUGA